AUGCAUGCAGAUUCAUUUCUAACCACCAAAUAUACUAGUUUUAACCGUUCUUUACACAAAACUAGAUCUUAUUCCUUUUAACACCAUUCAGUGGAUAAUGCUCGUCCAAAUCUAGCAUAAAAGAAGGAAAUUGAAAAUAAUAGACAAUAACAUCAUAGCGUCAAUAUCUUAUAACAAAUCCCUCAGAAUAUCUCAAUCAUAACUCUCUUUUCAAAGCCGAUCGUUGAGUAACUAUUGUUGAGAUAAUCUGAUUUAUAUAUGAAAUAAUUUAAGAUCUAAUUAAGUUUAAUCCUUGAUUAAGGCAAUUUGUAAUAAUUUCAGGCACUCAUCUGUAUGACUGCAGAUAUUUUACUCAAAAUUAAGGAUUUUAAUAAUGCCUGUUAUUACUAUAAUUAAUAUAGAAUUUUAAAUACCCUAACCAAAAAUCACUCAGAGAAGGCAGUGUCAUUUAUAGGAUUGGCAAAUUGUGCAACUGAAGUCAAAAUGAACAAAGAAGCAUUAUUAUUAUUGAAAAAAGGACUUCAAUACUCAUGGUUAUGUAAGGAACAUGAAAUUUAAAUAUACGAAAGAAUGGCUAUAAACUAUUAUUAUUUAGGAUAAAUUGAGGAUUAAUUGUAUUUCCAUGAAAGAGGCUUGCUUGGCGUAUUUGAAGCAGAAGAAUCACCAAUUAAGAAAUUCAGUUGUGAAGCUUUAAGAGAUCAAAUAAGGAAGAAUGUAAUUGAAAUUAAAACUCUUUGUCCUUAAUUAUUGAAUUAUUUGAAUCUUCCCAUUUUGUCUGAAAAUGAAUUAAACAAUAAAAGCCAAAAUUGCAUAAGAAGAUCUCAUACAAAAAAAUAGAUUAUCUAUACAGCUUAAGAAUAAUUAGAAGUUAUUCUAAGAAAUUGCGAUGAAUUUUAAUUCCAGAUUAAUACUCCAAGAUAUUAAAGAUUAAUUUAAUAUGAAUCUCAAAAAAAAUAAACUGAUGAAUUUCGUCACCCUCUAAUAACAAAAACAUCAUAUUCAAAAGAAAAAAGAGUUUAUGAUAUAACAGAUUCAACAAUUUAUAAAUUGCCAUUUGAAAUGUAAGUAAACAAUAGAAUUCAGCAUCCUUAUAUAUUUGAAGAUAUAAAUUCUAAGAUGUAUAAGUAAUUAAGAACAAGAAAUCCAAAUCAAAAGUUUGGUUUAAGAAACAAAGUUCUGCUGAAUCAUCAAAAUAGAGAAGACUUCCAUUAUUAGAAGAAUGGAGCUUGUCUAUAUAGAUAGAUUUAAGCUAUUUUUAAGAGGUAUGCUCAUUUAUUUACUUGA